AUGUUCAGACAGAUUGUUGAUUCAUUUCUAGGAUCUGCCUCCACGUUGCAUCAACAGACCAAGCAACUUGCUUCACUAUGCAGCCAUCAAAAUAGGUGGCGUAAAAACAUUUCCAUACUCAACAUUUCAAGCUUUAUGGGUACUAUCAUUGCGUCUUUUAUUUGUAUAAAAGCAAUCAAUUAUCAGCCGACCGAAAGACAAUGCGACGAUAAUAGCUAUGUCUGGUCGCCAGCAUCUGACCACAUCUCCUACUCCUGGAGUACUGAGUAUGUCGAUUUAGGGACGUACACGCCAUAUUUUGACGUUGUGUACAAGCAAGUUGUGGAAGAUGAGUGGAACAAAAUCAUACCCAAACAUCCGAUAUCAAUCCCCUCUUCCCGACUAGCAGAACUAAAUCAGUCAACACCAGCAGACUCCCCAUUGUGGAUUCGUGACCCUAAUAAUCGCGACUCUGUAUUGGCUCUACCUCAAGUCUUUGUCGAUCUGGGGUGUCUCAAUUUCCUACGUCAAUGGUCAUCGAAAUUCGAUCACGAUUACUCUUAUCUGAAAGUGUUUCAAGAUGGUGAUAAAACGGUUAAUGAUCGUGCGCAUCAAUGUCUUGAACGCCUGAGGCAUUCGAUAAGCUGUUGGGGGGACACCACGGUGAUUCUGGAGUUCAUCGACGAACCAUAUACCAAGGUUGAUUUUGGGACAUUACAUUAUUGUAGAGACUUUGAUAGGAUUGGACAGUGGAUCAAGGAGAAUGGUGUUAAGGAGGUCGAGCUUGAUAAUCUGUGGUGGGGAGGAGCAGCCUGA